GAAAUUGACUUAAUAAUCUGUGAAAUUUAUUUUAAAAUUUAUACAUGUCAAACAUCGAAGCUUAUUGAAAUAUAUAAAUAAAAUGUUUUAAAAGAAUUCAAAGCAAUAUGCCAAAAAAAAAAUUAAAGUCCAUUGAUUCAAGGAAAACUAUACCAGCUGAAGAAGACGGCUACAAGUUGAUUACAAUUCAGGAAAAUCAUGUUUAUCAAAUAAAGCAUGAGAACUUAAUACAACGUAUUUGGAACAGCACAAUGGAAAUUGCAGAUAUUGAACUUAAAGUCAAGGAAAUUGAAAAGAAUGAAAAUUUGAUAAAAGAGUGGCAAGAAUAUCUAUCUUGUGAUAAAAUACCAAAACCAUUCGAUCCUCCAAGCAUUCGUAGUUUCUUUGAAAAAUCUCACCUUUUGGAAAAGGAAGAUAUUGAAAACACUAUUAACUGGAUUUUGGGCAUUGAUGAGUGUAGUAUUUUAAAUCAAGAUAUUGAUUCUCAAAAUAUGACAAAGAUAUUUUUGAAGGAUUACAGAAUUGAUUUUGGUGUACAGUAUGAUAAUCGAAUUUGCGAUAUCAUGGAGUUAUUGAAACGAAUUGAAACGUUUUUAAAAAUUUCAAAUAAAGAAGUGUCGACAAAGGUGUUGCGUGACAUUGAAGAGUUGAACCAAUUUGCCCAAAACAAAAUUUGCAAUUAUAUCGAUCAUUUAACAUAUCGUGUUUUAUCAUCUGAAGUUGCUUACAUGGAACCAAUUGAUGCAACAACUGCAGAAUAUUCUUUUAGUGGUCAACAUUUUGAUAUGCAUCUUUGGACUUUUCAAAACGUUCCUCUUUAUUUGGAUCCUGAAGAACUAAAAUCAAAACCUAUUGAAUUUCAACAAAUCAAAACCAAUUUGAAUGUACCAUUUAGUGUUCUGUUAGAAAAUAUGGUCUUAAGAGGUUUACAUUAUCAUUUUGAUCAUUUUAGUUCUAGAUCUAGGUCAUAUGAAUUACCGACGGAGCUGAUGAAUAAUCAGAUUGAAAAAAAUUUAAAAAUUUGCCUUCGAAAAGAAUGGGCGAGUUAUUUGAAAAUUCAAGCCGACGUUAAAACCAAGAUGAUAAAAGAAAGAGCUGAUUUUGACGAAGCAGUCCGAAUAAAAGCUGAACAAGAUGAACUUAGGGCCAAGGAGAAUAAAAAUAGCGACGACCUCGCCCAAACCAUUAAACCAAAAAAAAAAAAAAAAAAAGACGGGUCUGCGAAUGUUAUCAAACUUCCCAAAGAGCCUCCCAUAGUUACACCUCAUCAGGUACCUAUAGUUCGAGAAGAUUUUCUAGAACAGGACUCUGCAGAUUAUAUGAAAGCUAUACUAGAGUAUCAUCCUAAUAAAUUGAAACUAUCAAAAGGCGAGUUAAAUUUAAGGCAAUACCAAAUUCUUGGCGGAGUCUAUCAAAUCAAUUCCCUCUCGAAGCCUAGUAUUACAAACUUUCCCAGGUUAAUCAUGACUUGGUAUCAAACAGACAAAAAUAUUGAACAAAAACCCACUGAAAUAAAGUCAGAUGAUUUUGAAAGUGAUAAUAUUUCAAAGUUUUUCGAAAUAUCAUUCAAACUACCAGAUUAUAUUUGUCAUUGGGAUGAUCCAAUUACAUGUUUAUUUGAAGACAAUCGAACUCCAAUAGAAGAUGUUAAUUUGUUUGAAACAAAAAAAGGAUUGGAAAUCCGUUCGCCUAUAAUUAUAAAUGAUUUUAAUCUUCAUGGGCUCUUCACAAAACCAAUGAUGUACGAUUUCAUUCAGAACGUUAUUCCAAGAGUCAUUUCCAGUUUUAAUUUUCCCGAAGAUUAUCUUGAUGAAAUUGUUGAUGACAAAAACAAAGCAGCUCUAGGGCGCCCUAAGACCACAGCAGAAGAAGAAGAAACCAAUAAGGAAAUUGAAAUGCAAAGACAAUUAUUAUCAUUCGAUCAUCAAAACAACCCUGAACGACUAUUUCCGCUUUUUAAAAAUGUUCUCCCAGUAGUGGUUCUUCCUAUCAAUGGGAGUAGAGAAAAACUUGGAACUCACCCAUAUGAAUAUUUUUCGGAAUUCUUAUCGGCUUUGGAAUCCAUUAAGAAUUCUUAUCGAAAGUCAACAUUCAAAGAUCGAUUCGGCAAGCCUGUGAAAAUUGUGGCAGAAGAAUAUGAAAAAAAUAUCAGGAGACCAACGCUCACAACCAAACUUGUUGGUUAUGGAGAGACUGAGAAAAGAAAAUCCAGUACCAGGACAAGUUUGCUUAAAAAUAGAAGAAGUUCAGUUUUAAGCAAGCAAUCCAUUGGUACUGUUUCAUUAUCGUUAAAACAUCAUCAUGAUAAUGGUUAUCAAAAGGAUGAUAGCCAACCAAAGCAUUCCACGGCAGGCAUAGAUGAUAACGGUAUAGAAGAGAAAUCAUCUUUUUCAAAAUGGUCUACAGAGAAUGUUCUGAAAAGCGUUUUCAAUGCAAACGAGAAAAAAUUGACGAUUUGGACAGAUCGCUUAGGUACAUUUGGAUUUGCAUUUAAUCGUUAUCAUCAUUUUCCUUUCAAGAACUGGAUACUUCAACCAUCUGAAGAAAAUGCCAAUGAGUUGGAGCUGCAAAUUGAGAGCACAUACGCACUGUUCAGUAUUUAUAUUUCAAAAAUUGGUUAUAGAGCUUUUGUUUCUGAUUUUUCUAAAACACAAAAGACCCGUAAAAUCUUUUUGGAUAUGAAGGAACCUGUAAUUGAAUUAAGGUCGUUUAAAAAGGAAAUUCAGGAAAAGUAUUUAAACAUUUUUCCUGAACCAGAUGCUUUAUGGUAUGUAAACGGAGACUUUUCUGAAAAACACUUAGCUGCUGAGCUACAUACCUAUGAUUGCAUGAGCUUGAAUUCAUUCAAAAUAAAAUAUCAUAAUUCAAAUUGGAAUAAAUUAUCUAAUCGACGAACAAUGGUUCUAGCAAUUGGCGAACUCAAAGAAUUAGUAACUGAUUUAAGUUUGAUUAAAAUAACUCCAGAAGAUGCAUUGUUUGUUGAGAUCAAAGAAAAUACUAAUAAUGCCAUGGAAUUGGAAUUUAUUUCUACUUGGCGAAAUCUUGAGUGGUAUGUGGAUCUAAAUCAGUUGAUCAAGGCAAGUUUCGCUGAUACAAAUGAAUCUCUAUCGGAAGAUCAAAAUAUUGUUACUUACAAUCUGAGGAAUUUACUACAUUCUUUAAGACUAUUGAGUUUUUCUUAGAAAGAAAUAAAUAUUGAAGGAGUUAAAUGACAAUUUGCUUAAUACUC